AUGGAUACUUCGAAAAUUCGUGUGAUUUUUGAAUACGAGUUCCGACGCGGAACUAACGCGGCAGAUGCGUUUGGAGAGGGGACUGCUAAUGAACGCACUGUGCGAUUUUGGUUUAAACGCUUUCGUGAUGGAAACUUCGAUUUGAAGAACGAACCACGUGGAAGACCGUCCACACAGGUGAAUAACAAUGAUUUGAAAGAGAUGGUGCAAGCCGGUCCGAGCCAAACUACCCAGGAAUUAGCGGCAUGGUUUAACGUUACCUUACCAACAAUAUUGACUCAUUUGCGUCAAAUCAAUAAAAUAAAAAAAUAUGAAAUAUGGGUGCCUCAUGAUUUGACUGAUCUGCAGAAAGAAACGCGUGUUGAAACUUGCGUUGCCUUGUUGAAUCGAUACGGAAAUGAAGGAAUAUUGGAUCGAAUUGUGACAUGUGAUGAAAAAUGGAUUCUUUACGAUAAUCGAAAAACUAUCGAUCUGGGUCAGGGUUUGGGAAUCAGGGCAAACCCAAUGAGAGCAGGAAUGUGGUGGCAGAUGGGAAUAAACAGGUUUGACAGUGUGACAACCUCCCUGGAGCAGUCGCGCUGGGGCAGGUCCCGGCAGUUUCAGUAUAAUGCCGUGUAG